CCGGGGGGCGGGGAGCCGGGGGGGCGGGGAGCGGACUCGAGCCUAUUUAAGGGCGAGCCCGCCCGGUCCUCCUCACUCCCUUCGCCUGUCCUCCGCUCUUCUGACCAGCCCGUGCCUCUCUCUCUCUCUAUCUCCGCCACGAUGAGUGCCAUACAACAGGCCAUGGCCUUGCUGAUCGACGCCUUCCACAAGUACUCCGGGAAGGAGGGGGACAAGUACACCCUGAGCAAGGCGGAGCUCAAGGACCUGCUGACGAACGAGCUGGGGGAUCUGUUGGGGAAAGCCAAUGACAAGACUGCCAUUGAUAAAAUCUUCGGUGCCCUGGACCACGACAAGAGCGGCGAGGUGGACUUCCAGGAGUACGUCACCAUGGUGGGCGCCCUGAGCGUGGCCUGCAACGACUUCUUCGUGGACUACCAGAAGAAGGGUGGAAAGAAAUGAACAGCGCCCCCUGCCUCUGGUCCUCCAGUACUGCACAUAGUCUGAUAACCCACAACCCCUUCCUCCAGCUGUGCACCUGGUUUUCAAACGAGAGCUGUUGUUUCUUUUUUUCAGCCCACCUUUGACACUGUAUACAAAGAAAAAAAUAAUAAAAAUAUUUUCAUAUCUC